GGGUAUCACACUGAACGGAACGGCUGUGCUGCCCAUCUCCCAUGCGUUUGAAUUAUAUAAAUAAAAACCCUCCAAGAAGAAAUUCAAGAACUCAGCGCCGCGCAUCAUCAACACGUUCCGGGGAGCAAUGCGUCACGAAGCCAGAUGAAUGCGCCUCCACUCCCUUGCGUAGAAGAACCCCCUGGUCCCCUUUUCACUUCACUCUCUAAUCCCGGUCAUCUCGCGCGACGACUUGAGCGCAGAACCGGUCUAACGAGCUAUAUAACCCGACCUGUCCUGGCGAGUCUCUUCCCGGGCCAUUGCCAGCUCAGCUACUCCCACGCCUCCCAAGGAGCUCAAGCGACGCGACAACGCGACACCAAAUACUCGACGAAAGGCAAGCGCAGUGCGGCCACACCAAGAGUUCCUACUCUUGGCUGCUCUGUCCGCCAUGGCUGUCUCUUCGCGCGCCGGCUUUCUGGCCGUUGCAGUCGUCUUCCAUCUUGUCUACAUUUACUCCAUUUUCGAUAUUUACUUUGUCAGUCCAAUCGUUUCGGGCAUGAAGCUUGUCCAGAUCGACCGGUCCGACCAUGUCAAGGCUCCUGCUGAUCGCUUGGUUUUAUUCGUUGGAGACGGCCUGCGAGCCGACAAGGCUUUCCAGUUUUUCCCAGAGCCCUAUCCCGAAUCCGAGGGCGACCUGACCCCGCGGCCUCUGGCCCCUUUCCUGCGGUCCCGCGUCUUGGAGCACGGCACCUUCGGGGUGUCGCAUACGCGCGUGCCCACCGAGUCUCGCCCUGGCCAUGUUGCCCUCAUCGCUGGUCUAUAUGAGGACGUCUCGGCAGUUGCGACUGGCUGGAAGCUCAACCCGGUCAACUUCGACAGCGUCUUCAACCGGAGCCGCCAUACUUGGAGUUGGGGUUCUCCCGACAUCCUUCCCAUGUUCCAGGAAGGCGCCGUCCCCGGUCGUGUCGAUUCCUACACCUACGGCCACGAGUUUGAGGAUUUCAGUCAAGAUGCUCUGCAGUUGGAUUAUUGGGUCUUCGAUCACGUCAAGGAGCUUUUUACCGAAGCGGCCAAGAAUGAAACCCUGGAUGCUGCCCUCCGUCAAGACAAGGUGGUCUUCUUUCUACAUCUUCUUGGGCUAGACACCAACGGACACUCGUAUCGUCCCUACUCGAAGGAAUAUCUCAACAACAUUAAGGUCGUGGAUCAAGGCGUCGAGGAAAUCACGGCGCUCAUCGAGAAGUUCUACGCCGAUGAUCGGACCGCCUUCGUCUUCACAGCGGACCACGGCAUGAGUGACUGGGGAAGUCAUGGCGAUGGCCAUCCAAACAACACUCGUACACCCUUGAUCACCUGGGGCUCUGGCAUCGCUUUGCCGGUGCUCACACCCGAUUCUGUCGCUCCGGGGCACGACGAGUACUCGUCCGACUGGAAUCUUGACGGUGUCAAACGCCACGACGUGGCGCAAGCCGAUAUUGCGGCCCUGAUGGCAUACUUGAUUGGCGUGGAAUUCCCUGCCAACUCAGUCGGCGAGCUUCCCCUAUCGUAUGUCUCGUCGAGCAUCGACGAGAAAGCGCAAGCGGCCUUGGUCAAUGCCCGCGAAAUUCUUGAAAUGUACCGGGUCAAGGAAGAACGAAAGAGGGCCACGGAACUGCGCUAUCGACCGUUCCGACCACUUAGCGACACGGAUCUCACCCCCAGCCGUCGUGUGGAGGAUAUUCAACGCCUCAUUGACGCUGGAAAUUACGAAGAGGCCAUUGAAGAGUCAGCUGCUCUCGUGAAGAUUGCCUUGGAAGGUCUGAGAUAUCUCCAAACUUAUGACUGGCUCUUCCUCCGCACACUGAUUACCAUUGGCUAUCUUGGGUGGAUGGCGUUCGCACUCACUGUCGUCGUUGGCUUGCAUGUGUUGCGAGGCAGCCACCCCCCUUCUCAUACGACCACGGGUACAACAGUGUUCACAUCCAUCCUCGCAGCGCUGUACGCGUCUUUCAUCGUUUCCAAAUCACCGGUCACCUACUACGCGUACGGUUUUUUCCCCGUUGUGUUUUGGGAGGAGGUUUGGGCUCGACGCGGCUCACUUGUUCAAGGGCGCCAUGUGCUUUUCGGGCAUAUCAAGACUGGAGGUGGCGUGGCUUCAUUCUUGUUGAACGUUGUGGUUUACAUUGGCGUGAUUGUCUCUCUGGCUCUAGGAUACAUACAUCGCGAGGUGUUGACCGUCAUUUAUGUCCUUGCGGCCUUCUGGCCUAUGACUUAUGGCUUGAGAUUUCUCCACACGAACACGUUCCUAUCUGUGAUCUGGUUUGUCUCGUGCCUCGUCAUGAGUGUGUUCACGCUGCUUCCGGCUAUGAAAUCAGAGGACAUCCCUCUUAUUGUUGCCGGCGGAACCGUUAUGACGGUCAUUGGUCUGGCCUAUCUUGUCUGGGAAGAAAGGCUCCUGGCAAGACCAGCGCUGCCGACGGCGAGGGCCUUGACUGGUAUCCAGGUCGGCCUCAUCCUGCUCGCCAUCAUAGUUACUCGAUCCAGCACCUUGUCCCUCCAGGCGAAACUAGGGCUGCCUCGGGGCAAUCAGGUGGUUGGGUGGAUCGUUCUGGUUAUUUCACUGCUCAUGCCCUUAGCCCAUCGCCUCCAGCCCAACAAUCACUACAUGCACCGCCUGAUGACUAUGUUCUUGACCUGCGCUCCGACGUUUGUAAUUCUAACCAUUUCCUACGAAGGUCUUUUUUACGUAGCUUUCAGCAUUCUGCUGGUUGCAUGGGUUGGCCUUGAACAUCGCGUAUUCGUGUUGAACAGAAGCCCUCCAGAUGAGCAACGCCUUCAACACUAUGGCACCUCCAACAUCGGGCCGGAUAAGUCACCGUGGUCUCCCAGGGCCCUGACGCUCGCUGAUGCGCGAGUUUCAUUGUUCUUUUUCGUCUUGCUACAAUCGGCCUUCUUCAGCACAGGCAAUGUGGCCUCGGUGUCAUCCUUCAGUUUGGACAGCGUGUACCGGCUGAUCCCCAUCUUCGACCCCUUUUCUCAGGGGGCGCUACUUAUACUCAAGCUCAUGGUUCCCUUCGCCCUCAUAUCGGCCAAUCUCGGGAUCCUCAACGUCAGACUGGGCGUGGCACCGUCGGCUCUCUUCAUGGUUGUAAUGGCCAUUAGCGAUGUUCUCACCCUCUACUUUUUUUGGGUGGUGAAGGACGAGGGCUCGUGGUUGGAAAUCGGCUCCACCAUCAGCCAUUUUGUGAUUGCGAGUUUGCUCUGCGUCUUUGUGGCCGCUCUCGAGGGAGUGAGCGCGCUGUUCAUCAGCGGCAUCGAGGUCGAGGGUCCUCGAGGUGAAGGCGGGCAGAAUGGGACAGUGGCAUCUGGCACCAAAGCAGACACAAAUGCCAAUGGCAAGACACCCUCGGUUAUUGCUUCAUCAUAGCGAACCGCGAUCUGGGCUUGACGAAGCCUGGGCAGUGUAUAUAUGAUAGUGUUUGGCUGCAAUAUGAAGGCCACAUAAACCGGCAGACAUCAAUCUUCCACCACUGGGCACAGCAGGACACGGAAGUUGAAAAGGCACAUCGACAUUGGCAUGGUCCCGUGCUUAGCCCUCAUGCCGGUGUUGGCGGCUUCUUCCUACGCGUCGUCAUGAAGUGACACUAUGCCCUGAUUGUUACCCUCGCCAACUCCUAUACGUAGUCCAGGUCGCCAACCGAGCCUUUUCUACGGGUACUGUCUGUCUCCAAGGAUGUUUUGUG